AUGAUAAAAUGUGUAAGGGGCAGAAGUGAAAGGAGGGGCCUUUUCUUCUGGUGCCAUAAGAGAAGCGUGUUUGUGCCAAGUGAGAGGGAUGUGGCAAAAUUAUCAGCGAAGAGCUUAGGCAAUUACGCAUUCGACAUUUUAAGAAUAUCGAACGAAAAUAAAGCCAUGUACGAAAUGUUUAAAAAGAGGAUAAACGGUGAAAUAGGUUCAUUUGACGCAAAGGAUUGUUAUAGGGUGUUAAAAUCUUUGGAAAUAAACAACAAGCUGAAUGAAGAAGAAGAUAUGGUAAAAAACGUCUUGCAUCAGAUAUCUGUACAGACAUGCAAAUAUUCAAUGAAAGAGAUAUGUGAUAUUUCUUUUUUAUGUUCCAAGUUAAAUUUGGUAUACAUUCCCCUGUAUGCAUCAUUAUCCAUUUCGUUUUUGAACAAAAUAAACUUGGCAACUCCUGAGAAUUUAUCUAUUUUAAGUUUAAGUUUUUGUAAAGUGCAAAUAAGAGACGUAAAUCUGUUUAACCGAAUAGCUAUUGCAACAUUGAAUUUGCUACAUAUGUUUGACGUGGAAAAUUUGAUCAAUGUGUUAAUUUCGCUUGCCUACUUGGACAUUAAAAAAGACAUGCUAUUGUACUCAUCUGUGGAGAUUUUUGUAAAAAAUCAAAACAAGUUGAAUGGUGAUCAGCUGGUAAAAAUUGCACAUGUGUAUUCCAAGUUCGACUUUGUAAAUAAAGACAUAAACUCCCUCCUUGUGGAGAGAAUUCCCGCGUUCGUUCUGCAAUUAAAUAAUGUUCAGCUGGCCGAGUUCGCAAUUUCGUUAAACAGGCUAGGAGUUCACUCCCACAUUACUGAUAAAUUUGUUACCAAUGUGAACUUGUCCCACUUAGCAUUCCCCGUUGCCAUAAAAGUGAUCAGAAUACUGUCCAGUGUUAACUGCGUGAAUCAUGUCAACAUCGAGUUUAAGUAUGACCAAAUUUUGUCCUGUGUGCAAAAUUUUUUGUUUAUUCAUGGGAGGGAAAAUCACCUGAACGGCAAGGUAAAUUUUGGCACAUUGCACGGUUGUGAAAAAUCUCCCCAUUUAUCGAGGGAUAACGGGAAUGACGACAAGAAUGAUUUCCUUACCGAUUUGGUUAGUAACAGAAUGGCAGAACAUAGCACUCAGGGUGGCAACCCACCGGUGGAUGACGAAUGGGGGGAAUCAUUUCGACUAGGCCACCUUACGAGUGAGUACAGUCCCAUUCAUGAUAUGCAGGGAAGUUCCCAGUUUUACUUCCCAGUUUUGGAGCGCACUUUAAACAAAACAAAUUCAUGUGGAAGCGAAAUAAAGAGCCGCGUUUUUUCUGAAGAAGAAAUAACACAGCAUUAUCUGCGGUACAAUUUGAAGCAGAAAAUAAAUCCCAAUUCGGUGUGCCAUUUGAAUGUAGACCUAUUUGAAUGUCUGGUGAAUUUGCUUCUACAAAAUUGUGUAAGUGAGUAUGAAGACAAGUUGAAAUAUUUUUUAAAUUGCAUAAGUCGAGAAAUUAUUCUUUCGAAAGAGUACUUAAAUUUCAAUUGCUUAGUAAAAAUAUUUUCUUCUCUAUUUAAAACGCCAAUCAUAUGGAACUUGUCACUUUUAAAUUGGAGUUCCGUCAAUUCUGCCAAGGGGAGAAAGAAGUGCCUUUUCUAUAUCAACGAGGAUACCAAUUUUUAUGAACAAUUAUUGCAGCGCUAUUUUUCUAUUUUCCACUCAUCUGAGAAUGCGGAUAAUCACAGCUUGGUGUUGUGCUUUAUUUUGAAUAUGUUGAAUGCUGAGGUGAAGCAUGUGCACAGGUCGUCAAUCCAAAAAUGCUUAGAGCAUUACGCGAUGAUAAGGAGGAAGGGUAAGGACCAACAGGUGGGCUACCCUAUGGAGGACCAAAGUGUGUACAAUUUUGUGGAGUACUUUUACAAGGGUAUCUCCCCAUGGGGGAAAAGUAGGCACCGAUUCGAUGCAACUGCGGAGGAAGAAGCCGCUCCACAGGAGGAGAACUCACCCUUGGUGUAUACCUUCCCCUACGCCAUGAAGGACAGGGUGCCAAAUAAAAUUCUGACUUUAGAAUUAUUUGGAAUUGUUCAAAAUUUUACGAAAAAUGUGAAGAUGUACUUUAAGGAGGACGUAUACACAAUAUCGCUGUUCGAGUUUGACAACUAUGUGGCUUACCUCUUUUUGGAGCCGCAGGAUUUUUUCUACUCCCCGGGGCAAGGCACCGAGUUGGACUUCUUAAGGGGAGUGAGUUUACGCAAUGAACUCAAGGAAGAGGUGUAUAAGUCCGCUGAAUCUUCUGACGUGAGAAACGCGGGGGAGGUAGGUACCGCCCAAGGCAGGGACGCCAAGACAGAAAAAAAACAGCUCCUUCUAAUUUGCGACAUGUCGUACAAUCCGUAUGAAAUUUUUCAGAACAAUAAUUAUUUCGUAAAGUCGGAGACAUUAGUUAAAAUAAAUUAUUUGCUGAUUAAGGGGUACAGCAUAAUUGCCAUUCCGUUUUAUUCCUGGAGGUGUAUGAGUUACGAGGAGAAGCUGGGCUCCAUUGGGGCGCUUCGGCAGAACGUCCUGGACGGGCAGGGUUGA